CAAGAGUCCAAGACAGGGAGGGUGGAGCACAGAAGAACAGCGGUGAAAACACGGAAGGCAAGGCAAGGAGGCACACGCUGCUCAGAAGCAAUGGGGCAUUAGAUGAAGGCGCGCUUUCCUGAGAAUCUGGGAGAAGAAUUGCUGGUGUCAGCAGCAUCAUUUCAGCCAGAUUAGGGAUGUGGACUUCGGAUUGCAAUUGCCUGCUCCGCUUUCCAGUCUUAAAUACUUCAAGUUGACAGAAGGGAAGGCAAGCUUGCUGCCAGGCAAAGCAAAGGGCUUUUACCGCAAAGAAUCUGUUGGCUUUUGUGCAUCCUUGAGAGAAAGCAGAUGCUGCUGAAUGAAGCACCCUUGCAAACGGUUGCUGUUUCCAGUCAAGGCGUAUUUUGAGCAGGCUGCUGAUGGGGAGUUUUGACUAGAUUAGUCUGACGCAGGCUUUGAAGAGCAGAUGCUAUUUGAUGGAGGCUCAAGAUUGUUUACAGCAAGACUAGUCAGGUAACUCUGCAGCAAUGAAGAGGUCCAAGGCAGGCACGCAGUGGUUCCUCACCUACCGGGACUUGGGGCCACCUAGCCUGCGCAAGGGCCGGAACGCUGAGCACAGUGGGGGUAAAGAGAGAAAGAGGAGGCCGCGGCCAGACUGGGAUGAAACUAUCCAUGAUCUGUCCCAGUACAAGCUGACUGAGGCAGAAAUAGAGGAGCGAAAGCAAGCGGUGGUUUCCAAGAACGCGGUGCGCGUGCCCCGCUCAGAUGUUGAGAAUUGGGUGCCCCAAUUUGGCUAUGAUGAGAGGGGCCGUUUCCACAGCUACAUCGCUCAGCCGAGGCUCAUCAGCGAGGAGAGCUCGCAGGGGGGCCAGAGACACCAGGAGAAGCCGCGGCCGUGGCGCCCGGGUGGCACGCCUAACUUUCUCGAACACCUGGAACAUUCCCGCAGUCCUCUCCGGCAGCCAAUGAGGGAGCGCCAGGUGGCAGACGACGAGGGUCAAGGGGAUUGGUCAGAAACUAAGGAAAGGGGGGAAGAGAAAGAACUUGCGCAGGCGUCGCAGCAAGAAACGGCAAAGGACGAGUCGGGACCGGCAGUAGGUGUGACGGGGGUUGUUGAUUUUGACGAGGAGGUGUCGAGGUUUGAGGCGAGGCAGCGGUUGAUUCAGAGCCUGGCGAAAAGAAAGAAGCGGGGGGAUGGCGGCAGUACGCAAUUCAUGUCAGAAACAGAGGCUUCUCAGGGGGAGGCUCGGAGGGGAGGGUCCGAAGAACGGGGCAGAGGGGGUUCCGACGGAAGCGGCAGAGGAGGGUCCGACGAGAGGAGCAGAGGGGGGAACGACGGAAGAGUCGGCAGGGGUGUUGACGAGGGGCUGUUGGGGGAGUUAGAAAGGGGCUUCCGGGACUUGGAGGCAAAGAUAGACAGCCAUGCAGUGGGCGGGUUGCGGGGCAGCGGUGCUGUGGGCCCAGUUGAGGAGCUUAGCGAAGCGGAGGGUCCCGGUUCCUCGGGAAUGGGGCGUGGGGGGUCUGUUAAGGAUAGGGAGGGGAAGGAGGGCACCGGAAUGGAAGAGCGUGCAGAGAGUCGAGGGGGGGAACAAGAGGGGGGGCAGAGACAUGACGUGGGGUCCCCUGUUGCUGGUGAAGAAGUUUCUGCAGCGGAGCGGGGUAGUUUAAGUGAGCAGAGCGGCUUUGCACCGAGAAGGGGAAGCACGCCAGCAGAUGAUCGGUCCGGCGCCGCGACGGACGGUUUAGAUCACUCGAGAGCUGCAGUGCCACAGUCCGACAGCGCAGUCGAACAUAGUGAACGUCCAGAGCAUCAAUCACAAGGUGAAACUCGAAGCGAAGUUGCUGCACCGGGGGGUACUGCCGCAGGCGUGGAAGUACUUCUCAGGCAAUAUGUUGCAGGGGGGCCGACAGAACCGAGCGGCGCAGCGGCGCACCGGUCGGUGGGUGCGCCUAUGGAUGCAGGAAAUGGAGACCGGCAAUCAGUCCCGGCUGGAAACGCCGCUCAUGGCAGUGACCCGGGGAGAGACCGGGGGAAUGAACCGGGGGAGAAACCGGAGCCUAAAGAGGCUGGUGCUGAGCCUGGGAAAGCGCCCGGGGGGACUGUCCCGGGGAGGCGGCCGGCUGUGGUGGAGCGGACGCCGUUUGAAGCAGGGAGGCCGAGUGCGUUGGCAGGCGUCUCGCCGGUGGAUACGAUGGCGCACUUGGAACGGCUCUCUCAGGGCUUGCAGACAUGCCUCGCUGAGAACCGGAGCUUGAAGUCCGACUUCGCUGAGUUUAAGGCCCAUGCCUCGACUAUUCUUACGGGGCUGCAGCUGCAUGUGCAAAAGCUCCUGGAAGUCCUGCCUCCCGGCGCGAGCCACGUGGCGCCUUCUCCUCCGCCGGUGGCAUCACCGUUCCGUUAUGAGAGCCGCUCAGCGGAACCGGGCCGGAAGUCGCCGGAAGCUUCGGCAAGCAAGCCAGAGUUUUUCGAAAUAAGCUUGCCAUCGUUCGACGAAGACCUGGUGGACUCCAUACCUCUGCCUUCGUACGCGGAGCUCCGGUCCCUACCGCUCGAGAAGCCCCCUCUGGUGCAGCGUCACCAGAGACGAUCGGAGGCAGUCCGCGUAUCUACGGGUUUGGCACCGGUGCCAAGGAGUCUUCCUGCCAUCCUGAAAACCUCGCUGCGGUCAUCCCAUGCAUCGAGGUAGUUGAUGCUUGAUAAGACCGCAAUAUCGUCGGCACGUUGCCGGUCAGUCGGAUGCGGCAUGUGGUGGUGGCCUCUUUACCAAUUUGAUUCUCGUAACAUUGCGAGCAAUUUCUUUACAUGGACGGGGGCCAUUUCGACAGCCCUGACGAGUCUUGUCUAUCUCGUUGUGUUGCUUGGGA